UCCCAGAGACCGUCCGCAGAGGGAUGUCCGGUUUCUUUCUGCGCUUCUUCCGUAAAGAGAAAAAGCCCCCCAGAGGAUCCCCCGAGACGCCCCCCCCGUCCCCAGCUGCCAGCACGCCGUCGGGGAGACCGCCCCCCGUCUGGCCCGAGCGCAGCGUGCGGUGGGACAGGCCAUAUGACGUAUAUAUCUGUCACAGUGCGGAGGACUCGGAGCUCGGCCUGCGGAUGCUCGCGUACCUGGAGGCGCAGCCUGAGACGCUGCGCUGCUUCCUGCCCCUGCGCGACAUGGAGCUGGGAAGCCCCAUCCCCUCGGAGAUGUGCCACGGCGUGGGGGGCAGCCACUGCUGGGUGAUGCUGCUGACGCCGCGCUUCCUGCGCGACUCGUGGUGUAAAUACCAGAUGCAUCUGGCGCUGGGAAGGUCGCCGGAUUCUGCCGGGCGCUUUAUCCCGGUGAUGGUGGAUUUGCCCCGGUCUCAGUACCCCCCGGAACUGGCCUUUAUGUAUUACAUCAGAGCCACAGCCGGGGACAGCCACGUGUUCGCGCAAGUCAGGAAGUGGAUUCUGGAGUAUCUAAAAAAACUGCAACACGUGGCAAGCACCGAACAGGGAUCCAGCGAUGCCACGGGUGGGAGGGGCUCCGAGAUAGAGGGAUCCAGCGAUGCCACGGGUGGGAGGGGCUCCGAGAUAGAGGGAUCCAGCGAUGCCACGGGUAGGAGGGGCUUCGAGAUAGGGGGAUCCAGCGAUGCCACGGGUGGGAGGGGCUCCGAGAUAGGGGGAUCCAGCGAUGCCACGGGUGGGAGGGGCUCCGAGAUAGGGGGAUCCAGCGAUGCCACGGGUGGGAAGGGCUCCGAGAUAGAGGGAUCCAGUGAUGCCACGGGUGGGAGGUGCUCCGAGAUAGGGGGAUCCAGCGAUGCCACGGGUGGGAGGGGCUCCGAGAUAGGGGGAUCCAGCGAUGCCACAAAAGAACAACAGUCCAGCAUUAAGACACAGAGAGAGAGUUAA